CCUUCCAUAGCCCACACCGGGCAAUACGUUCCUUUGCCACCUGACCACUCCGCAACAUCAAAGAAAACACGGCAGAUAUCCGUUUCCUUGAUCGAAAAGGAGGAGCUUCUCAGGCGGGGCAGCACACGUGCACAUAAUGCUCACGCCAGCUGCGAAGCGAAGACGAGUCGACACCGCCAACGAGACACUCCGCAAACCCUUCAAGUCGCCCGUGGUGCGGGGCCGCGAGGGGGCAAUUGCGGGAUCCGCCGCUGCCGAGAACCCUACAGGGUCAUCUCCGCAGCUAAAGCCAGGGGAAGCGACCCAUGCGGACCCGAAUUCAGGUGCAGGCCCGGGCAGUCGCGACACCACGCCCACUGCGGCCGCCGUGAGGCAGUGGGGUGCAGGGACCCAGGUGACGACGCCGGCGAGGCAGGCUCUCACGCCUACGCGCCGGCCGUUCAGCACACCAAGGCCGCAGCUGCACCCGGAAGCCUCUCCAUCAAUACCGAGAUCAAGUCUUUACGGGACCGCCAGUUCGGUCACGAAAGCCGGUGGUUCGGCGCCUGGUAGCAAGACUACAAGGGAGGCUGAGGGCAGGGAGGAGAUUCUCCGGCAGGCUAGGCGGAUCCGCGGCGGAGGCGAGGGCGAGACGGACGAGGAGCUUGUUGAAUUGAUCGGGAAGUGGAGGGCGGCGAGCCAGAUGGCCGCGGAGGAGGUGUUUGCAGCGUCCCGAGGGAGGGUUGAGGGAAUGGGCGGGCUGGGGGCUUGGAGGAGGGCUCAGAGGGAAGACGAGGCCAGGUUUGUGGAGAGGUUGAGGGAGGGGGAUGGUGAGGAGUUAUCGCCUGGGCAUAUAGGAGAUGAAGAUGGUCGCGAGGUGUGCGGAGAUGGAGAGGAGGUGAGUAACUACAAGCCCAAGACUAGAGGGCCGGGUCACUGACAACCAGCAGGAAUUCACAAUGGGCACGAUG